GAUGAAUGUUGGGGUGGCACACAGUGAAGUAAACCCCAAUACCCGAGUGAUGAAUAGCCGGGGAAUAUGGCUGGCCUACAUCAUCUUGGUAGGACUGCUGCACGUGGUUCUACUCAGCAUCCCCUUCUUCAGCAUUCCCGUAGUCUGGACCCUGACCAACGUCAUCCACAACUUGGCAAUGUAUGUUUUCCUACAUACAGUGAAAGGAACACCCUUUGAGACCCCUGACCAAGGAAAAGCUCGGCUGCUGACACAUUGGGAACAGAUGGACUAUGGGCUUCAGUUCACUUCUUCUCGAAAGUUCCUUAGCAUUUCUCCCAUUGUACUCUACCUUCUGGCCAGCUUCUACACCAAAUAUGAUGCUGCUCACUUCCUCAUCAACACAGUGUCACUGCUCACCGUACUACUUCCUAAGCUGCCCCAGUUCCAUGGGGUUCGUCUUUUUGGCAUCAAUAAAUAUUAAGAGAUUGGCUGGGGACAGGUCCACAGGCAUAGGAAAGAGAUUUGAACAAAGGACU